GCUCGUGUCUUCCGCCGUAACGGAGCUCGACGUGAGAAAUGAGCGAUGGGGCGUUAGCGACGGGCGUUAAUCUCCCAUUCACCGAGUGCUUUUUUCCGCGGUGUCGGUGCGCGCAGCUGACUGGUUCUGGGACGCGACGAUGAGGGGAGAGGCGGAAGUGAAGUCACUUGACAGAACCGUCCAUGUUAUUAUUGUUAUUUUGGUAGCCCUGUGAUGAGACGUGCUGGGGAGCCGUUCGCUCUCCGAGACAGCGAGCGUUCACGGUACCGCAGGCAGCUCCGGACCCACGCCACGCCUCGCCACCUCCACCACCACCGCUGCCGCCUCCUCACUGACCCGGAGACAGGAGCCUCGCUGGCGGCUGGGGGCCAGAGGAGGAGGAGAAGGAGGAGGAGGUUGUGAAGACCCAGCUUCAGGCUCGGCUCCUACGCUCCCAAAAAUAAAACGGCGACAAAAUCGGCCGUGGAAGCGGCUCCGCUGGUUCUGCCUGUCGCAGGAAGGUACCGCCGCAGACAUGAACGGUAUCACCAAGAGCCGGUUCGAGGUGUUCUCAAACAGCGAUGAAGCACCAAUUAACAAGAAGCUCCCAAAAGAGCUUCUUCUCAGAAUAUUUUCCUAUUUAGACGUGGUUACACUCUGCAGAUGUGCACAGGUGUCAAAGGCGUGGAACGUCCUGGCUCUAGAUGGCAGCAACUGGCAGAAGAUCGACUUGUUCAACUUCCAGACUGACAUAGAAGGCCGUGUGGUAGAAAACAUUUCGAAGCGUUGUGGAGGCUUCCUGAGGCAGCUUAGCCUCAGGGGCUGCCUGAGCGUUGGAGAUGCUUCUAUGAAGACAUUUGCUCAGAACUGUAGAAACAUCGAAGUGCUGAACCUGAACGGCUGCACCAAGAUCACAGACAGCACCUGCCUCAGCCUCAGCAAGUUUUGCUCCAAGCUCAAACAGUUAGAUCUCACCUCCUGCGUCUCCGUCACCAACCACUCCCUCAAGGCCCUCAGCGACGGCUGCAGAAUGCUGGAGAUGUUAAAUCUGUCAUGGUGUGACCAGAUCACGCGUGACGGCAUUGAGGCCCUGGCUAGAGGUUGCACUGGUUUACGAGCACUUUUCCUCAGAGGCUGCACACAGCUGGACGAUGGCGCAUUGAAGCACCUACAGAAGCACUGCCCUGAUGUGACCACCAUCAAUAUGCAGUCCUGCACACAAAUAACAGAUGAAGGCCUGGUCAGUUUGUGUCGGGGAUGCCACAAGUUGCAGAUCCUCUGCAUAUCUGGCUGCAGUAAUGUCACUGAUGCCUCUCUGACUGCACUGGGACUUAAUUGUCCUCAACUCAAAAUCCUUGAGGCUGCGCGAUGUUCACUUGUUACUGAUGUGGGGUUCACAGUUCUUGCAAGGAACUGUCAUGAGCUUGAAAAAAUGGACUUAGAAGAAUGUAUUCUGGUGACCGAUAACACCUUGGUUCAGCUGUCAAUCCACUGCCCACGGCUGCAAGCAUUGUCCCUGUCCCACUGUGAGCUGAUCACCGAUGAUGGGAUCAGAGCUCUUAGCAACAGCACCUGUGGCCAGGAGCGCCUCACAGUGGUGGAGCUGGACAACUGUCCCCUCAUCACUGACGUGACCCUGGAGCACCUCAAGAGCUGCCACCGUCUGGAACGGAUCGAACUCUACGACUGCCAGCAAGUCACCAGGGCUGGCAUCAAACGCAUCAGGGCCCAGCUUCCGGAUAUCAAAGUGCAUGCAUACUUUGCCCCAGUAACGCCUCCCCCCUCUGUGCAUGGAGGCGGCCAGCGUCUGUGCCGUUGCUGCAUCAUCCUCUGACAAUGGAGGGCCAGAGGGGGCCACCUCUGUCUACAGGUCCUGCUGCUUUGAUACGGGCUCCAAAGGGGUGGUGGGUGGAAGGGAGGGAGGAAGAGGGGGGCUAGAGUAGGCGGUGAAGGAGAGGGGAGUGGCUGGACCCACUCACUGCUCCUGAUCAUAGAUCAAUACAUGCACUGAUCUCCACUGAUCCCUGAUCUGUUUAAGCCGCCCCUCCUCUCUCUUCCUGCUCGCCAGUCAGCACUGCAGCAGCGCAGGGGGAUUGGAGAGGUUGAAGGAAAGAGAUAUGAUUGAACGGACUUUCUUCAUUUCUGUCUUGUUCUCUCCUUCAUCCUCCAAAGACAAAAACAGGUUCUCCACUUCAUAAUGAAUCACGCACCGUGUGAUAUCCAACCAUUUGGUGCAACAGACUGCAGUGGAACAUCAAAAACAAAAUGCAUUAUUUUCAAACACAAAAAAGAGAAGAGAUGUUCUCUCCAUCCUGGACUAGUUACAAACUCCAGAGUUUCAUCUCAGCCAGUCACAUGUCACCUUUAUGUGACCAUCCUGUGAUUUUUUUUUUUUUUUUUUUUUUUUGCUUCAGCUAAUAGACUUGCAGCUCUGUGAGAAACGAGAGCCGGGAUGUGGCUGAAAUGCAGAUCUUGUGCAAGUACCGGCACAGGGAGCUUGAGUCUGAAGUGUGGAGCACUCGGGACGAACAGGAAGUACAACAAAAGAAGACAUGUGACCUUCCUGUGCAUCUGGGAAACUUUUUGUUCUGAUUUUGAUUCUGUUUGUACAGAGAAUGUUUUGCAACACAAAAAAAUAUGAGCUUCACAGCAACUCACUCAAAAACUGGGGAAAGGCCAAACAACUGCAACUCCUUUUUUUCAGUGCUUAUUGUAAGUGUCCAUGGCUGUCUAUUCAGAAAGAGACGUAUGCUUGUCUUUUUAAUGUAAAAACUGUUGCUGUUUAAUAAGAAGGACCUAUGACAAGACCCUGAGGGUCAAAAUGUGUUUUGUUACACUGCUUCUGGAAAGAGUGACCUCUGUUGUGACCUGUGUGGUUCUGCUGGCUUGUAGGCCCUGGUCCAAUCCUGUUAGUAAGCCCUGUGAACUAUCUCCUACUUGACACUGAAGCAUUUGUUUACAUUUCAGAUUAAGGUUAGCAGGAGAGGCUAACCUGUUUACAUCGGAAGGUUUCCAGUCCCCAUUACUGUUCGGAGUGAGUCUGAGUAGUUUAUUACACAUAUAUGACUGUGGCACGCAGUUAAGGGGACUGUGACAUCCAGUAUUCAGAUUUAUGGCUGUGUGUAUAUGGAUAUCAAUCAGGAUUUUUGUAGGUGGAACUGCUUCAAAACUGAAUACGAAGAGAGCUAAAGGAUUGGCUUCAAGACUGAGCAAAGGCACCUCAAGUUUUUUGACAAUCACAUAAAUUUAUUUAUUUGAAAGUCUCUCUAGUUUAGUUCAAUGUUACUGUCACUUUACCUUUGUUGUGAGAUGUUAUAAAUUGGCUUAUAACUUUCCAUUCAGCUGUUUACAGUGGCUAAGCAGUGCAUUAAUAUUUAUUAAGAAUAGAAUCCUAUACUUCUGAAGAAAUUUAUCAGAAUAAUUUAUUAGAUUUAACACAGAGUUCCUGUUGUCACUACAGAAGAUGCAAAACCUAGCAAAGUUAAAUGUGAUUGCUGGAAAGUCCUAAAAUUGCUGGUUUAAUUUGCUUAGUAUGCCUUAAGAUCAACAGGAUCUCACAUUCUUGCCAGGAUGGAAAUGCAGCCCCUUAAAAAUGUUUCCAACACAAUGAAACCAGCUUGUGAGAUAAUGCUACACUAAAAACUGGUAAAUGCUGUCUAGUGCCAAGUGCUUAAAGGUUUUGGAAAGAGGCAGGGCAGUGGGAAGGAUAAAAUAUUAAAAAUAAGGAAGAUUAAGAUUUAGAUUGAUACAUAGCUGGCAUGACUGGUUGUAAUACUAAUGUCCUCUGACAGUUUUAACAGUUUUAUGUUUAAGAAAAAUAAAGAAAUACAUGAAAAAAUAGACAAAUGAACAAAUAAAGAUGACUAAUGGUAAACCA